CUAAGCUUUACUCUGAGAAGUAGAAAAUACUGCAUAUAAUUGUGGGAGGGGGAAGAUGGGCUAGUAAAAUGGGGAUUGAGGAAAGAUGGACUUAUUUACACUGUAGAUGUGAGUUCCAUUGGGUGUGACAAACUAUAGACAAACUAUAGACAGAUAGAUAAAUCUGUCCUGCUGUGGCUUUCAGGUAAGAGUCUAAGAAAAGAAAACCAAACAGACAAAACCCCAGAACCACGCAAACAACCAAAUUUCAACAUUUUCUUCUUUUACAGAAGAAAAUGAGUAUGUUAGCUUUGGCAGAAUUCUAGUGCUAGGAAGAUAGGGAUUUUUCUGAAGCAAGUUCAUUGUCAAAGUUUAUAUCUGUUAUUUUACAACUGCAUUUCUCCUGACAAGACCUUCUUGCUGUGUUGAUUCUUCAGUAACCAAGACCCCUGUUGACUUUGCUCUAACCUCCAGAAACGUGCCAUUUGUAUUUUUAAAACCAAGCAGUUUUCUCCCAACUUUGAUCACUUCAAACGUAAGCAGAUGCUUGCUCUACUCUGCUGCACAAGCACUACAUUGACCUCCCAGUGUACCUGAGCCAAGCACAUGGUAAAUGCCAUAGAAGUGUUGUACAUUAUUUUUACAGAAUUUACGUAUAAUAGGGCACAAAGCUAGGAAUUGGUCUGUUCAUGUGAUUAGAUGGCAAAGAAGGAAAGUGUAGGCAGAAAUUUCUGGGGCUCGUGGCAAUCCAGAGCCUUUAUGUGAAUGGGUUUUAUCAGCUCCUUAGAACUGCACAGUGACAACACAGAGCCCUGAAUAAAACGUUUAAAUGCUUUGGGGUUUUUUACCUAGAUCCAUGGACCAAAGACUGAAAAUCACUGCUUUUAAUGCUCUGGGGUUUGGGUGUUGGCACAGUCAGUUAUAUCUAGGCCUUCCCAGAUGUUAUACAUUAGAAAUACCCAUCUAGCUGACCUGCCAUGUGUUUUUCUGUGGAAAAUUUGGUACAUUUGAGAGCUCCAAGAAGCAGCGCCAAGGCAUGAGUAACACUGAUCUUACAGUGCCUCAAGGAUACCUGUUUUGGGCAGUAAAUCAGAGGUGAUGAUAAAAACAGACCCCUCUCCAGGCUGAGGAGGAAGAGACUGUUUGUAUCUGGUUCAGGAGGCCGUGAGGGGAGUCACGGAGCUGCUGUGCCAGAGCACGGCCUCGCUGCCUUCACGGCGGGCCUCUCGUGGGGUCUCGGUGAGAUCUCCUCACCCAGACAGGUGCGAUGCUCCAUUCGGCUGCUUUUGCUUUGUUUGUUUAAAUCCUCGGGUCCUGCGUUUGCUGGUGAGCAGUCAGCUCCGUAGCAUUCAGCCUAGCCCGCCCGGCAGGUGCCUCCCUCAGCGCCGGCGGGUCCGGGUUCGGCUGGGGAGGAGCGGGGAGAGGCAGGCGUGGCGGCUGUCCUGAGGCACUGCCCGGGACGGGCUCCCGCCCGGCAUGAGCCCCCCUCUCCCGGCCGGGCCCCGGCUUUAAUUAGCCAUGGCCCAGAGCGGCUUUCCCCGGCCAUCUGUAGCCCCGGUCACCGACUUAAUCGGGGGGAUAAGCUGCUUAUGGAGCCGCAGCUGGAGCGGGCGCGGGGCGCGGGCGCUCAGGGGGCCGAGCGCGGUUGUGGCCGCGAAGGAGCAGCUCCGUGUGGUCAGUCCCCGGGGCCCAGCAGCAGCGCAGCCGGCUCGGGUGCUCCGUGUGGUCAGUCCCCGGGGCCCAGCAGCUCAACCAGCUCUGGUGCUCCGUGUGGUCAGUCCCCGGGGCCCAGCAGCUCAACCAGCUCGGGUGCUCCGUGUGGUCAGUCCCCGGGGCCCAGCAGCGCAGCCGGCUCGGACGCUCCGUGUGGUCAGUCCCCGGGCCCCAGCAGCGCGGCCGGUGCCUCUCGCCGUGGGUAAGUGGAGCCUCGGCCGUGGGUCAGGAGCUUCCCACUCCCACUGCUGCGUCCUGGGACGCUGGAGGGGGCUUGGAUGGCAGCGCUGCGGAGGGAAGACCGCCUGUGUGUGCUUGUUGAUCUCACAGGCAUCAUGCGAUGGCAGCGAUGGUUGGUUUGGUUUGUAACGCUGAGCAGUGUUGGGAAAAAACCUGCUUUCUAAGGCAGCUGAAGUGUGACCUCAGAGUGAUCACUGGUCCCUGCUUGGAAUAUGAAAUGGAUCAGUCUUGAUCUGCAGGGAUCGGGAAAUAAGCACUGUGUGUGCAGCGCAAAUGUCUUUAUUAUGUUACCGUAUUGCUGAAAUGGCAUUGGCUUGAAAGAGCUUGAUUUACUUUUCAUUAACUGUGCUAUUUAUUUCCUUUUGCUUUUUCCUGUUGUUUUUUUUUUUGCUAUUUUCCUGUUGUUAUACAGAAAUAACUUCAUCAUCUUAACUUUUAUUUGUUUAAUUGAAUUUGUUUCAGGUUUUAAUGUGUUAGCGUGUUGCUGCAAAGUGUGUAUAUAGUAAGCAUGCAUUAAAUGUUUUAGUUUGAAUCAUAAAAACUAAUAUAAAAUCCAUUGGUCAUGGAUUUUGCAGUUCAUAAAAUGUGCAGUUUGCCUUGAGUAUAUUUUGGCCUCAGAAGAAGUUUUAAAAAAGAUCCUCCUAAGAUCUCGUUGUGACUGAGAUUAGCCCUACUGUUUAAAAGUUAUGUUAAAGAUCCGAGUAGCAAUUUCAGAAGGCAGACAAACGUGAUUUUGAAAGGAUACUAUUUCUUCCAGAUCUCAAUGAGACUGAAAUUAGGAAUAAGUGAGGUGAAGGACACCACCUGAAAUAACCGUGGUGAUGUGUUGAGAACCUGGUACCUAGCACAAAGAAUUGAAAUGGAGAGCUAAAAAAAAUCACAAGUUAUCAAGAAAAUAGAUUAUCAUCAAGAAAAUAGAUGAUGUCCAGAUUCUUGAACAUGAGGUAGUUCCAGAGCCAGGUUUUGUGUGUUCACAGAAUAAAAUAACACUGAAAAACGUGGUGGGUUUAUGUCUGUUUGCGAUUUAAAUCCUUUGUAUCACCCUUUUGUGAUACAUUUCUUGUCGAUUGGACGUUUCUGGGAUGCAAGGAGUGCUUCCAUGGAACACCAGUCCACUGCAUUUUGUGGUUAUACUUCAUGCGGUGAUAGGCACCCUAAGGAAGGCAGCUGUGCUUUGUCUGUUCACUCUGUAGUUGCCAACUUCAACUGGUCUGGAAAGAAUAAUGGGAUCUUUCCGUUCAUGGCACCCUCGGUGAUGUAUGAAAGGCAGUAACAGCAGUUCCCAGGGAUAAUUGCAGCACCGCCUGACUGUCUCCUGCUGCUUUAGAAACUGUGUUUGCUCCCCAGAUUGUGGUGAUUACUGAAGGAGUUUGCAUGUGAGAGGGGAAAAAUGAGCUGUUACAAACAGGGACAACUGAGCCUCAAAUGUUCUCUUAGAAGAGAAUGAGAUAAACACAGCUUAGAAACAGUGCAAUUUGGCAGGAGGCUUUCUGGGAUUAGAGUGUGUUUGAAAAAGACAAUGGGCAUUGAUUUCGUUGCUGUCUCUUCUCAGAUUGACUAGGGGGUUUUAAGAUGAUAGAGAUGUGUGUGUCUUUAUACACUACCGUUUUCAUUUUUUAAAAGAGAGGUGGAAAAGAAUGGUGGUUGGAAUGACAGUGAUUGACAACUUGCUUUUAAAAUCUGAGGGAAUGGAACCACAGUCCUCUCAAAUUGCACUUGCCUGUUAGCAGCAACUUAAGAAUCCAUUUUCAGCAUGAGUGUUACAUGUAUAACCAUCAGACUUAGUGGCUAGACUGCAAAGUAGGUCUCCAGCUAUGCUGUAAGUCUUGCAGAUUAGGGGACAGUGUGGCUUUUAUGGAUAUGUAAACAUGGUUUCAUCCUUUAGUGGAGACAAAAAGAAAUAAGUCUGUGUAGCCUUGAACUUGGGAUAUUUCAGCCUUGCUAGCAACAGACUCCUUCUGAGGCUGCUGGUGUAUAAUGCUGGAAGUCUUUGUUUUCCAGGUUUUUUGUGGAGAACUGAAUCUGUCCUUUUCAUUCAUUCCUGCUCUGCCAGAUACGAUUGUCUGCUGAAAAACAGGAAGAGAGUAGUGUCCAUAACACUUUCAGGACUGAGGCUGGUGGAUCAGAGACAAGAAAUUCCCAAGGAAAGUACCCAAAGGCUUUGGCAAACUAGGCAAGAUGAGAUAGGAAAUACAGUCCUUUGCUUAUAUUUCUUCUUGUUUUUCUUCAGAGCAAAGAAACAUUCAGAAGAACGUGAAUUUCAAUCUGUAUUUGGGCACUAGAAGUCGAGUAGGCAUUUCUCAUCCUGGCCUGAGGCUGCAGCAUUCGGUAUAAGCCCAGAGAGAGCAGCACAGGGCUAGCUGUGUACCGCACCUCUGUCAGAUGGGAAGAGAUCCCAGUCUGAAGACAGACUAAUCUCUCCUUCCCUUCUCAGCCAUUCCUGGACACUGCCAGCCAGUUCUCCAGUUCCUGCUUGCUGCAGCAGAAUAACCUGUGCUCUAGGCUGCAGCAGCACAGCUCUAAGUGUGUAGUUCACAGAGUGCCCAUCUUGCUUUGGCAGUCCUCCCUGCUGUGUAUCUCCCCCAGAGGCACUUUCACCUUGAGGCUUGUGUUUUGGAAGGGAGAAGGAGUGAGAGUGUUGACUUUCCUCAACAGCACCAUCAGGAAGCAAAGGCAGCUGGUAGCUGCUCCAUACCCACUGUUCACCAUCACUACUCAGAAAGAGGGAAUGAGAAUUGUGACUAUCUGGUGGAAAGCCAACAGCAUCAGCCUUCUGCUGCUGCUUGUAUGAAUCCUGUGAACCCUUUACUGGUCAAUGCACAUUUGUCAUGUCAUGCUGCAGAUUCCCCUCUCAGGCAUGAAUUAGUGGUGGGUCCUUCUUUAAGGAGCUCAAGUGAAAGUGUGAACACUUGUCACAGUUCAGCCCUGACCCUGGGGAAUCUUGAUCCAUCUAGUCUUUUCAGUCUCUUUUGCAAUCUUCACAGAUUUCUGCCAGCUUGUACUGUUCAGUCCAGAGGCUUAAGCAAGAAAGUGCUUUGAUGGGGAUACGGGGUUCCCUCCCUCUGGAGUCUAAAUCUUCUCCAGUCAUUGGCCAUUCAUGCUUUGCUCCUGAUGAUUUAGGUCCCAGUAUCCUGACCAUGGGAGAACAGCUGGCAGCAGUAAAAACCAGUGCUGCUCAGGCAAGAUUGAAAUGGAGUGUCCCAUUUGCUAAAGACUGGAGCCUUAGUGCAGUGACCAGAGACUUCAGUCCUGCUGAGCCUCUCUCUGGCUCUUACAGAUAUGGAUACAUUGGCUCCAACACAUGGAGAACCAGAAUUUCAGGUGGCAUCCAACCACAAACCCUUGCUUCUGGAAUGGCCUCUGGCAGGCUGGUGGAUACAGAAGCAGGUUCCUCCUUCAGCUGCUCCCCUUUCUUCAGAUGCCAGUCCCUGGUAAAGCCAUCUUUGGAAACUGGUAGUCAUUAUGUUCACAGAAAAAGCCAUUCUCCUGGAAAGGUUGUUAAAGGAGAACAGACAUCUAAUGGGGGGUCUCCGUGUGUUGAGUCUUGGAAGAAAGACCUUUCAGUCAGCCUGAAUCCAGAGGGUCUGCAGGUGUUACUGGAGACAGAUUUGGGGGGGGCUCAGAGCAAUGUUGGUGUAGCCAUGUGUGGGACUCCUGCAGAAGUGUGUGUGAGCAUUGCUUCUCAUCCUGGAGAUAAAGAGUUUAGACCAGGACAGCAGCUUAGUGUUAAAUCUGUACAAGUCAACAACUCUCAUGUUAAGCGCAGCAAAGAGUCAGAAGAGGUAUGUCACUCACUCAGUGAGGUGUGUCACCCCAGAUCACCAGCAGCCAGAAGAACAGCUGCAGUGGGCAGCAGCCAGGCCAAUCCUUUGGGUACACCGGUUGAAGAAGGCUUUCAUGAACAUUCUGAUGUAGAUUGUAUGAGCAUGAGCAGAGAAGGAAGGAGAAACAAAUGCUCCUACCAAAGCAGCCAGUGGAAUUUGGAAGCUGAUGGCAAUCUCGAGCAGUCUGAAGAAUGCUCUGUAGAAAGGAAUGCCAAAGAACCAUGGUGCUGUGAAGAAGGGAACCAGACACAGAAAACUGUGCCCAGAGAGAUCUCAGAGAACAGCUUCUGGUCAUUGAAGGUGAAUGAGCAAAGUUUCUGGCACUUGUGUGACAAACAAAUCCUAACAAGGUGUUUCCAAGCCUGGAGGAGAUAUAUCCUUUGGAAGAGGGCAGCCACGCAGCUUUACAGACACCAGCUGCUUCAGAAGGGCUUUGGUGCUCUGCAGCAGAUUGUGCACCAAAGGAGGACACAAUUGGAGGUGGCCCAGCAGAGACAUGCUUCAACUCUGCUAGCUGCCAGCUUCCAGAGGUGGAAGGAAGCUAUGGCAAAACAGAGCAAGAAGGAAGCUCUGCAGCCUGAUCCUUACUCCUAUAGCCAAAGUUCAUCAGCAGGGACUUUUGGAAUAGGAAGAUUAGCCACUAUGACAACCUCAGCUCAGCAUCAGCUUACAACAGAAUACUCAAAGGAAGUGGAGCGGGCUCAUAGGAUGGAGGGAGAACUGUGGACACAGCAGAGACGAGAUGAGUUCUGCUGGAGAGUUGAAGCAAUCAGAGACAUGAGACGGCUGGCCGCAGCUUUCAGACUGUGGCGCCUGCAGAAGGAGCUGCUGAGCAAAGAGGAAGCCAGGCUUUUGGAAGCCCGUGCUCUGCUGGAAAAGAAGAAGCUACGAAACAUUUUCAGGAUGUGGCAUUCCCAAAGCUUGGAAAUGAAAGAGAUUCUAACACUGACAACUCAAUUCCAAAGAAACUUGGUCUCCCGGUGCUUCAGUACAUGGAAGGAGACUGUUGAGCAGAAGGCACUUGCCAGGUGCCAUCUGGCCCAUCUCAGAGCAGUAUCACUGAGGAAGCACUUCCAGCAGUGGGUUGAGAUGCUGCAGGUCAGAGAAGGUGAUAAGCAGGCAGUGGUGAAGCUCUUCCUCCUACGAUGGAGGCGGCAUUGUGGAGCAGUUGUGAGCUCAGUGGCUGAUGAGACUGGGACAAAGAGGCAUGAAGGUCAGAUGUCAUCAUGGACUGGAGAGAGACAAUUUCUGGAGAAAACAGUCUGUUCUUUUGAUGACCUCUGCCAAAAACUGAAGCUGCAGAGAGUGUAUCUGCUGUGGAAAACAAGGCUGUGUGAGCAUCACAAGGCUAAUUCUUUCUCUCAGACUUUGGAGCAGUGUAAACUCAGAAAAACUCUGAAAUUAUGGCAUCAAAAGUAUCUCAUGCUGAAGACAAUUGAACAAAGCUCUAAGCACUUGCAUAGAGCUGUCUAUGAGGAACCUCUUGCCAUGCUGUUUUCUGAGGACCUCUCAACAUCAUCUGGCUUUGACAGCAGUGCACCAGCUACCCUGACCUCUCAAAGCUCAUUGGAAAAGGAAUGCAGUCUUAGUGACAGCAGCCAGCACGACGUCUCCUCCCUUCUGACUGCUGAGGAUGUCACACAUAUGUCAUGCCACAGUUCUUUCCUUCAACUCCACCAGUGCACAGAGCUGCCGGCUGAGCUGGGUGGGGAGCUGUGCCUGCAGACCUCCUCCCCUGGAUCUGAAAGAAAUUGUUUUGUGGGAAAUCAGUUCCAGUCUUCAGUGCUGCAGAGUCCAGAUAAUAAUUCCCAGCCUCUCACCAGUUACUCUGCAUGGGAAGAGGGCUGCAGUUCUGAUGAGGAGAUGAAGAGUUGCUGGCAGCAAGCAGAGAAAUACUGCCUGCAGAGGUGCUUCAUUGUCUGGUCAGCUCGAACUCAACAUCAUGUAAAGGCCCAGCAGCACUGCAGGCGCACUCGGCUGUCUCGAGCCUUUCUCAGCUGGCACCACUGGGUCAUGCAAAAUAAGAACCAAAAAGCAGCAGCAGCAGCCCUAAAACAUGGAGUUCCUUGUGUCCAGAUGGCUUUCAGCCUGUGGAAAAGGAGACUGGCCCAGAAAGUGGAAGUUGACCGGAGAUUCAGGUGUCAUGUUCACCAGAUGACUGCUGAUGCUCUGCGGCGUUGGCAUUCCUGCUGGCAAAGGAAGCAUGCUCUGGAAGAACUGCAGCAGCAAUGGGCUUGGCACAGCUGCCAAGAGAAGAAGAGGCUGGUCCUGCAGACGUGGUAUUACCAAACAAGGAAACAGAAAUAUGCUGUUUUAUUCUGGGAACGUUGUCUCCUGCACAGGUUCAGACUGAGAGGACACAAAGAUCUGCAGAGGAAAAAGCAACUAAAAACCUGGUGCCUUGUCACUUGGGCCCAGGUCACUGCAUGUAAACUAAGGCAGCAUGAAGCCCUCUCUUACUUUAAAAGAGUCAGAGAGCACCGUCUCCUGGUUGUGAGCUUUACUAAGUGGAGGGACAAACUCUGGAGAGCUGAACAAGUGCCAGAAGGGAGAAACCACAAGUGGCAGGAGCCCUCUCCAGGUAAAGCCUGCCACCGCUGGCGAGUGGCUGCCAGAGGACAGCAAGCCCUGCGCCUGGGAUCUGUGGCUACUGUCAAACAAGCCUGCAACUACUGGACCAGAGCAGCUGCCUUUUCCCAGUGCUUACGGCAGCGCAGUACCCUCAUAGGUGUUAGGAAAAGCAGAAAGAUGUCUCUCUCUUGGCCCACAAAAAGCAGAAGAGGCAGAGAAGAAGAUUCAGCACCAACAGGACUUUUUCCCAGUGCCAUUCAGCGCUGGCUGGUGAUCUACAGGAGCCAAAGCAGGGCUGAAAGGUUGCUGCAGAGACCUGAUGUGGUAGGACCCUCUCGUGCACGUGCAAGGAUCCAGGAGAACGCAGCAGAGGUGGACUUGGAGGAGCGGGCUAAGAAGUGGCUUGGCUUAUUUGCUUCUUUUGCCUGCAGGAGGAAAUAUCUGAAGAGGUGGCAUCACACAGUGGUGCUGCGCCGGUGCCAGCAUGAUAGGAAACUGCUCUGUCUGGCAAGGGGAUGGCAUCAGUGGAGGGAAGCCAGCAGGGUGCUGGUACUGGCUCGGGUGCUGGACCAGCAGCGGCUGAUAGAAAAGGCCUGGAGGGUGUGGAGACAAAGAUACUUGCAAAGCUGUGUGGUGCAGAAUCUUUUGGAGGAGGAAGCCAAGAGCCUCCUGUCUCAGGCCUUUGGAAGGUGGUGGCAGCUCACAGCAUUCCGGUGUAAGGACAAAGGAUCCUGCUGAAUGGCAGGGCCUGCCUGCAGCUGCUGCUCAGUUCAGGACACGUGGAGGAUACAGCUCCUGUCACAACAAAGAGGUGGUCCUGUGCUGUCAAGAAAGAACACCCUGCUCUUAUAAUAAAAGCAUUGCUGCCAGUCAGAAGGGUGACAGCCAAAGAACAACCAGGAAGAGAUUGUACCCAGUGAAAGGUCCUCUUUAAGGACUUGUAUCUUACCUCCUUAGCAACACAAAUGGAGAAGUUACUUAGUUGUGAGGUUGCAUUCUCUUCUUCUCUGGACUAUGCUUUUGCUGGAGUUCUGAUUAAAGGUCAAAAAAGCCUUA